AUGGCAUCAAUCUACAGUACUCCGGGACGACGCUCUACCCCUCGACACAAACCCUUACCGGAAGGAGAGAUUCACGAUUUCUGUCAUCUUAUUGAGAACACGCCGGUUGACAAAUGGCAGAUACGAAGUGAUGCUUUUGAGCGCAUCGUGAAGCAAAUUCCUACCGGAACUGCUUACACGGAAGGCGACGCCUGGUACAACAAUCCUCCCAUUCUUCGUCAUCUGGCAAUUCCCAUUUCGGACCUUCUCAAGGAUGCGCGUUCGACGGUAGUGAAGCGCACGUGUGCUUCGUUGACCAAACUUUUCAACAGAUGCCAAUCUGAUGCACGCUACCUAUUUAAGGAUCUAAUGCCUACUAUUUUAUCCGUCCACGCGCAGACGGUACAAGUCAUCCGUCAAGCUGUCCAAGCAAUGAUUGAGGAAAGCAUCCCCGAAGUUCCUUGUAAGUCGAUCAUGCCGUUCUUAAUGGAACGCCUUAAGAUCGAUAAAUCACGAACCGUCCGGGAUGCUUGCGCUUUGUAUCUGGGAAUCUGCUUGCGCUCUUGGACCGAAGAAGGCUACUUGACGGACGAAAUUUGGUUGCAGGUGGCACGCUGUUUCCUUGCCUCGAUCCGUGAUCCGUCCCCACCCGUGCGGUCCUACGCUAAAGCUAACUUAGCAUACAUCCAAAGCGCCAAACCGGAUCUCUUCCUAUAUCUGAUACAAGAUGGUACCAAAGAUUUGAAGCUACAGAGAUGGCUCGAAUCGCUUGGUAGAAACGGAGGCGACGGAAAUCCGAAUGAGGACUUGUCGGUGAUCAGCAAAAAUUCGUACAAUUCCGAUAUUCGCAUUCGAGCUGUCGGAAGCAUUUUUCGAUCCGGUCCUUCGCAGGGAAACUUUCCUCGCCCACGUCAAGUUCGCUCCGAGGAGCUUAACUAUCGCAGUGAUCACGACUCUGUAUCUGGCAAUUCCGUCCCCACCAGCAUUGCUGUUGGUCCGUCGGAAUCGGCCCACCAGUCCGUUGCCAGUCGCGUCAAGCCCUUGGGCAAUUUAGGUCCACCCGUGCGCCGUCAAGUUGCACCUGCUGCAUCUUUCUCGCCCGAACCAAAGGCACCAUUACUUCCACCGAGUUUGAUCCAGGUAGCCUCCGCAGCGCCCGAAUGGCUUCACUUGCCCUCCGACCUCGGACAACAGCAGCAUUCCCAAACGAUUCAAACACACGCGGAAGCGACCGAAGAAGGUCCAUUUAUUGCCAGCAUGCAAGAAUUGAAGCGACAUGCAUCAAAACGUCGAAGCCGUAGUUCAUUGCUUAUGAAGGAACGCUUUCGUACCUCACAAAGUAGCAGCCAACUCGGCUCCACGCUGGAACCGAUCCUUGUAGACGACCAUGACGAUGAUGUGACCGUGCGACAGAUUGGCAGUACGCAAACGGAACUCAGUAACGAAGAAAAUGAGGUUCCGAAUCCACCGCGAACCGCUGAAUCCUACCAGAAAUCCUCCUCCUCAGCGACGUCGGUCGCGUCGUUUAAUGCGGCUCCGGAACACAUGGCCAUUGCCAUUCGUCUACUGCGUGCUCACAAAACGCACGUGGACUCCAUCAUGGAAACGCUCCGUAUCGAGAUGGAUGCCUUGCGAGAUUUUGACAAGUUGUUGGAGGAAGCGGGCCGACCCAACGAGGAUGAAGUGUUGGACUACUUCGAAUCUGUCGGGCUUUGUUUGGAACAGCGCACUGCAUCGGGAUCGACAUUGCGACGGGAGAUGGACAGAAUUAGCCGUGGGGAGCCAAUACCGGAAUAAUAAGGGCAGCACGAAUGGAUUGUGCUAACUGUUAGCUAGCUGGGAAAGAACGAGAUUGAGGCUUCGUUGUGCAAUUAGUCAUGCCAUAUGUAAGUGAUUUUAGAAUGUAGCUACAAGGUGGCUUUUUGAUUUUCGUCGUGCAGUUUUUGGCUUGUUCGUGCAGUUUUUCUCGUCAAUGAUGCGUUGCAAUAGAGGAAAGUAUGUGUGUAUAUCUGGAAAGGCGACAUUCGAUUAAGUAUCUUGUCGACACGAGAUACUUUGCGUGUAGGUAGCACGAAACGUUGCAAGAAUUGUAGUAGAGGGGGCUUCCAACGAAAAACACCCGCAUACCAACGGAGGAGAAACAACACGUAUCCACAGUGUUGGCAUGAUACUUCAGGCUUCCUUCCUCUUUUUCACGGGCACGGCCGUGACGGGAGGUCCCGUCGUACGCUCCAUGGCCAGGCACACCCUUCGCAGGGCAAUCCCUUGCAUGCCCCAGGCCAA